UCUGGGUGGCUUUGGCUUGUUAAGAAUCAUUCAUUUAUAGAGUCUGUUGUGUAAUGAUAUAAUUUGUGUAAAAUACUAUCAAAAUGGUUUGGUGGUUACAUGAUAUACAGAAACAACACAAAAGAGGUGUACAUUUUGGUAUCAGAUCUGUGGAUGACAUUGUUUAUCAGACUUUAAAUGUAAUGUUAGAAUGUUACCAGAAAUACGAUCCCUAUGACAUAAAUGCUCUAAAGAAUGCUGGAGUAAACAUAUUCAAUAUAGACUUAACAAAAGCUAAUCAAGAAUACUACGAAAAGAUAAAGGACAGUAUAUUGGAAGCACAAUCGAUGCCUGAAUUGAUUAAAUGUUCUUAUAACACACCAGUUACUCUAUCAGUUACUAUGUCUGUUAACAACCCCAUUGAAAUCGACGAUAGGGUUGACGUCAUAAUUUUAAAGGAUGUCGCAACGUCGGACCAACUGCGUCAAUUCAGGAAAGGAAAUAAGAAAUUCUCUUCGAAGCCAAUUUUGUUCUGGCCUACAUCACUUGAAAUCGACGACCUUAAUGAAUUAAUUAGGAUGACUGAGGGUAUUAUUUUGGAUUCAAGCUUGGGAAGAUUUUUUUGCAACUUUGAAAGUCCACUGAAAUUAUGCAAACAGAUUUGCAAACCUGUAUUUUACAUGUUUCCAAGCAUCGUAGAAGAUUAUUACAAGGAGACUGCAAACGACCGACAAGUACUCGUACAAGUGCAUGAAAUAGUUGAAAAUCGCUUCGCUGGCAUUUUUCUCCGCGGCUGCGAGGGUAAAUCGCCACUGGAUCUAGUACAAUCACUUAUAAGAUCAAUAGAUAUCGUUGAACACGAAAUUUGUGAUCCCUCUGGAGACUACUUGAAGUUGAGUCGAGAUUUACCAUUACCGGUAAUUCCGCCAUUUGCAGUAGCGAUGGGUGCAUCUCUCGCAGCCCUCAAGAGCAAUUCCAGAGCAAUCAUAGUGUUCACAACGUCGGGUGCGUCGGCGCGUGUCAUAGCGUCUGCGGCACCUCCGUGCCCAAUACUGGCCGUCACAGCGCAUGAGGCUACCGCGCGGAAGAUGCAUUUGUAUAGGAAAGUUAUUCCUUUACUUUAUCCAAAGAGUCGUACAACCUGCUGGCGUCGAGACCACCUCAAUCGUGUAGGUUUUGGCACGCAAUUCGGGAUCGACACCGGAAUAUUCAACUAUGGGUCCAAAUUAGUACUGCUUACGCCGUCGGAUGAAGGAGACAUAUACUGCAACGGUUUCCAAAUCGUUUCAGUUGCGGAAGUCCUACAUGCUUAUAGGUGCACGGGGAAAAACUUUGGUGUGUAUUAGCACUUCCGACACCGAUGCAAUUGUUUGUGGGAUAAUGUAAGAACUGUGAAGACAUUUAGCUUAUCAAAUCUAGUCAAACAGAACGAUUUGCGAUACCUUAAUUUGCAUAGUCACUAUUUCCAAUAAACGAGGUGACAAAC